AUGCCCAUUCUACGUUUUUAUCUUUACUUUGCUUUUACAGGUACAUCCAAAUCCAAGAGAGCUUUUAAUUAUGUCGUCUACGAUCUCAUUCUCACCAUAACGGCAAGUAUCUUCGCCCAGUUCCAGUUCAGCAGUGAGCGCGUGCUGCCCUCUGACGUCCUGCGAUCGGCUCUGGCCAAAACCUUUAAGGACGAGCAGCGCUUUCAGCUCGGCAUCAUGGACGACGCCGCCGAGUGUUUUGAGAAUCUGCUGAUGCGGCUUCACUUCCACAUCAGCGCCGAGAGCAGGGAGGACAUCUGCACGGCCAAGCACUGCAUCCCACACCAGAAGUUUGCCAUGAUGCUCUUUGAACAGUGUGUGUGUACGAGCUGUGGAGCCACGUCAGACCCCCUGCCCUUCAUCCAGAUGGUCCACUACAUCUCCACCACAUCUCUCUGUAACCAGGCGGUGCGGAUGCUAGAGUGCAGAGACAAACCCACUCCGGACAUGUUUGGGGAGCUGCUCCGAAACGCCAGAAACAUGGGAGACCUCCGCAGCUGUCCUAGUAACUGCGGAGAGGUGCUGCGGAUCCGUCGCGUCCUCAUGAACUCUCCGGAGAUCGUGUCCAUCGGUCUGGUCUGGGACUCGGACCACUCGGACCUGGCUGAGGACGUCAUUCACAGCCUGGGAACCUGCUUACGGCUGGGGGAUCUCUUCUACCGCGUGACAGAGGACAGAGCGCGGCAGGCUGAGCUGUACUUGGUGGGCAUGGUGUGCUACUACGGCAAGCACUACUCCACCUUCUUCUUCCAAACCAAGCUCCGCAAGUGGAUGUAUUUUGACGACGCGCAAGUCAAAGAGAUCGGCCCCAAGUGGAAGGACGUUGUGUCUCGCUGCAUCAAAGGCCACUACCAGCCUCUGCUGCUGCUCUACGCCGACCCCCGGGGGACGCCGGUGGUACUGCAGGACAGCCCCUGCUUCAGUCCACAUCUGGAGCUCCACUGCAGCGCAAGGGCCGGCUACGACAGCGAGGACUCAGGUCGCGAGCCUUCCAUCUCGUCGGACACUCGCACAGACUCGUCCACCGACAGCUGCAGCCACAGGACGUCCCGCGCUCGGCCCCUGCACCCGCCCCCCUCCUCCCACCUCUUCCCCCAGAGCUCCGCGGUCGGCGACUACCAGGCUGGGACUCCCACGCCGAGCUCGGACACUGGAGACUCAGCAGUGGAGGGUCCAGCGCGGCCCCCGUCUCCUGCUCUGGGCGAGUACAAAGAGACCGCCGUGUUCCUGCUGUCGUCGCGCCGCCCCAACACCUCCUCUUCCUCCUCCUCUCGCCCGCUCUCCUCCUCCUCCUCGUCCGGAGUCGGGGGCUGCGAGGGCGGAGCCGGGGGUCCACACUGGGAGGAUGACAGCACCAGUAGCGAGAGCAAGUCCAGCUCUUCUGGAAGCCGCUACCGUCCGACCUGGAGGCCGCGGAGAGAGGCGCUGAACAUCGACAGCAUCUUCACCCGACAGAAGGCCUCGAGCACGGGCCACAGCGCUCCGCCCGUGCCCCCUUUGCCUCCGGAGCUCCAGGACCCUUUCCCCGCGCUUCCCCUUCCUCCUCCUCCCCCUCCUCCCCCUCAGAAGCAGCAGCAGCAGCAGCAGGGGGCAGCGCAGGGAGAGGGCAGAGGGGAGGAGGGGGCGGGGCGGAGGAACAUGGGCCCUCCUGCUGCUCCGCCUCUGCCCCGAGGAGCCGAGCACCAACCGCGGCUCAUUCAGAGGAUGGAGAGCGGAUACGAGAGCAGCGAGCGCAACAGCAGCAGCCCAGAUCGGGAGGUGGGCCAACAGAAGAGGCCCCUCAUGUCGGGACCUUCGUGGAGAUCGGUGCCAAAGUCCAAAAGCACCGGAGCCAUUUUACAAGAGCUGCCUCGAGACGCCAGAGGCCACUCCUCCCACAUGGGGCGCAGUGAGCUGGACGAACUGCAGGAGGAGGUAGUGAGGCGAGCGAGACAGCAGGAGCAGCAGAGACGCAGAGAAGCAGAGCGAGAGGCCGCCCGAGGAUUCAACCCCAGACCCAGCAAGUACCUGGACCUGGACCAGCUGCAGCACCAGGCCGUGCUCAGGCCCCUGCAUGAGGCUAACACUCAUAGUGGAUUGGCUGUAGCUGCGUGCAUGAAGAGCAGUGGCGGGCCAAUCAAACGCAGGCAGGAUCAGGAGGCGGGACUUCUUCGCAGUGAACAGCCUGUCCCGGUCCAAGUACUGCUGACGCCCAAUCAGGACGAAGGAGAGGCCAAUCAGGACCCGCCCCCUUUACCUCCCCCACCUCCACCUCCUCCCAUCCCGCGUCGAGCCGCCUUCCACCUCAGCCAGCCCUGCUCCCCCCAGGCCACCAGCAGCAGAGCUUUGGGGGAGGAGAGGGGAGAUCAGGGCUCGGGGGUGAGGCUGUGCGAGCUGCUCCAGGCCGGGGGGGUGAGCGUGAGGCCCUUGGGAAAGCAUCUUGCCAUCUCGCUCCCGUCUCUGCCCCUACGUCUGUGGGACACGCCAACGCAGAGUCUGCCUCCGCCCGUCCCACCGCUCCCCGUGGAGACAGCCCGGCCUCAGUCCAGUCCCGUGUGGCAGCCGCCGAGAUCGCUCUCCCCCACGAGUCUGGCCACGCGGCACUGGUCGUCCUGGAGCCUGGACCGUCCGGACGCCGUGGUGACGCCCUACGAGACCCCCCCAGAUCGCUGUCACACCAUUCGCCCCUCGCAGCCCCCCCACGCACACAGCUGUCAGUCCUCCCCCGGGCACUACAACUCCCAGCAUGCACCGGGCCACGGAGAGGAGGCCGAGCUGACCGAGCUGGACUCGCUGUACCAGGCCAGUCUGCAGGCGGGCAGGACAGUGUGCAGUCCGUCGGAGAGGCUGAUUUCUCGAGUGGGCGGGCCGGCUCGUUCGAAGACCCCCAACGCUGAAAUGGAGAGGACUGUGUAUGGGGCGGACUGCACGUGCACCCCCACCUACCUCAACAAGCCAAUGGCGUUUGGUGCUGGGGCAAUGGGGGCGGGGCCUGAGGACGGCGAGGGCGUGCGGAGGAUUGGACGCAGCCUGAGCGGGACCGUGGUCUCCUCCUCGCGACGGCACCGGCUCACCGCCACACGCAGCUUUGUGAGUGUCUACUGCCCCCCGGAGGUUCACAGUGAAGCAGGCCGAUGUCAGUGCCUCUCCUUGUCCGUUCCCUCUGCUCUGAGCACCUACUGUAUCGCUUAUAACAAAAAAAACAAUCCAUCACCUCCCAUCAUCUUCACCACCUCCUCAUCACCACUUCACUCCUCUGCCUACAGGAGCUGUCUGGCGGCGCGGGGAGUUUCUGGCUUUGUCUCACGGGCGUCAAACUGUCCUCAGACCAGAGUCCCACGCUGUUCCACUGAUGUCCUCCAGAUGUCCUCCAGAUCGAGCUUCCUUGGACACCUGUCGGACCAUGCUCACGCAACCAAUGAUGCCAGGCAUUCAAUGUGGAGCUUGGACCCUGUGACUCCGAACACUGCCAGCCCUGAGGAGUCCCCCAGACGACUGGGGGACCCCGCCCCAACGACUAGCAAACCCCCCAGCACCAUCCGUAACAGAGCAGCCGGGUUAUCCUGUCCGCUGAGGGGCACCAACAGCCAUACACACCCGACUUCACUCAACCACAGGUGCCAAUCCAACCCGACAUACAGUAAUAAACACUGCCUCUCCCCACAACCAUGCCCCCCCGGCCAUCCCCCCAGCCAACCCACCAGCCCCCUACUACCUCACACCCCGUCACCCACGGUCUCCGUAGCCACCUCCACCCCACAGCCAGCACAACCCGGACCACAGCCCUCCACCAGGCCGCCAGGCAUUCGUACAGUACCCCCCGGCCAUGAAAUUCCCCUCCCCACCGACCCAGGGCCCACCCAGAGAGGCGCCCAGAACGCCCAUAUAUCUACCCCGGCCCUUCUAUAG